CAUUGGGACUGAACGAAGGGAAGCCGAAAGGGUUUUGUUCGCUACGCCAUUCUCUAAGAAGAAGGAGAAGAAGAAGAUGCCGGGUCCCGUUGUGGAGGAAGAGAUGACUCAAGAACAGAUUAUCGAAUCCGUCAAGGAGCAACAGAAGCUUCAGAAGGAAGACGAUGUGGUUGUGGAGGAGGUGAAGGAGGGAGAGGACGAAGAUGACGAUGACGACGACGACGACGAUGAUGACGCCGCCGCCGACGGUGAAGGAGCUGGUGGGAACGAUAGUUCCAGGCAGAGUAGAAGCGAGAAGAAGAGCCGCAAGGCCGUGCUGAAGCUCGGGAUGAAACCUGUCACGGAUGUUAGCCGGGUGACCAUCAAGAGAUCCAAGAAUGUGUUAUUCGUCAUCUCCAAGCCAGAUGUCUUCAAGAGCCCGAACUCUGAGACUUAUGUCAUAUUCGGAGAAGCCAAGAUCGAUGACCUGAGCUCUCAGCUGCAAGCACAGGCCGCUCAGAAGUUCAAAAUGCCCGACAUUUCUUCCAUGGUUCCUAACUCGGAUGCCUCUGAGGCCACGGCUGCUCCGCCAGCCGAGGAAGAAGAUGAGGAAGAUGUCGACGAGACAGGUGUCGAGGCCAGAGACAUCGAUCUGGUGAUGACACAGGCAGGUGUCUCCAGGGCCAAAGCCGUGAAGGCUCUGAAAGCUAGCGAGGGAGACAUCGUUUCCGCCAUUAUGGAACUCACUACGUGAAGCCGAGGUUUCUUAAUCUCGUAAUUGUUUUAGGUUCCUUUUUCUUUUGAUUCUUGGUUCUUGGUUCGAGUCCCGAAACUUGUUGCCUGUCGUUUUUCUUGAACAAUGUCUGCUCUGUUUUUCGCCAAGGUUAUUUUUCUCCAUCUUCCCUGAUC